ACAACAUUUGGAAAUGAAGAAUGCCAACACACGCUUGUAAAAGUAGUAGAGGAAGGGUAAAUGGCUGACAGGAGAUGAGUGCGUCGUGAAGUUCGUGUUUUGUUGUCUGGUGUUAGUUUUUUGUCGUCCAGUUUGUAGCUUUAUGUCUGCAAUGCCAGAAGCCACAAGUGUCGUUAAUAUUUUGGUUCAAAACUCGCCCGAAGAUGUUACGUUAAAAGUUUCUCAGCCAGAAGGUAAAGAAAUAGACAAGAACAAAGAUAAAGAAAAUUCUCAAGAAACAGAUGAAAAAAUCACAUCUGAAGAAGAUGGCAAAGCAACAAAGCCAAGAAUCAUGUAUUCAAAGGAAGAUCUCUUGGAACUGAGAUCUGCACCUGCCUCUCUACAACGACCAGAAUGCUUAACAGAAGAGUUUUUCCACGAUGGUGUCUGGGACAUACAGGCAUGGCACAAGUCUUCGUCAUCGAGGUGUGCCUCACCAGCUGUGGAUGGAAAGUGUGUUACCUUUGACACUGGCAAGAAGAUUGAGUUGCUUGAUAACAUAAUAGAGCUUGCACCCCAAAGGAGAAGCUUUUUCCAAGGAUGCUAUGUCCCAUCUGCAUCAGAAUCAGAGAAGGAGAAGGACGGCCCAUCGAAGAGGCUAGGGGGCCGGGUAGGUCUGGGUAGUGACAGCAAGGCAUCAUUUAAUGAAGGAAAAGACCGACUCACUGCAAGAGCAAGCCUUAGAAGACGCACUAUAGAGAAAGCUACCUCCAAGGAUAAUAAGUCUGAAUUAGAACAUAAGCCUAAGUCAAAAGGAAAUCACGAGGCAAAGAACGAUGAUGAUGAUAGACGAGAUCAGAGAAACUGGAUUGAAGAUAAAAGAGAGGGUAAAAGCAGAAGUAGGAGUUUUAAAGAGAACAGAGAGGAUAACAAGGAGAAUUGGAAAAGGGGCGACUGGCAUGGCGGGAAAUUGCCUGAAUGGAUGACUGACGGACCCUCUAGUCAGACCGACGUCAUUGAACUCAAAGGAUUUGGGAAAGAAAUUGAAGAUGAAAGAAACGCAAUGCGGAAAGAGUCAAAAGGUGAAAAGAAGGCCGAAAGAACGCGAAAAACUAGCAAGGGAAGCAGUCGAUCCUCAACACCCAGCCAAGUUAAAGACAAGAGGCAGAAGUUGCCUGAAAAUGGUGAUGGAUACGAGGCAAAGCCAAAAGGAGCUGACCGAAAUGGCGGCCAGCGCCUUACACCGACUGAUAAAGGGUUCAAUGAUGACGAUGCAUAUUUUGAUGUGAUGGAUUAUCUGCCCCCACAUCUGUUCACUGACGAUUUCGGGAAUGACAUCAGCAGUCAAAGCAAGUUCAGCCAAUGGUUUCAAGGCCAGGAGGGGACUGGGGCGAAUGGCAGUCGUCCUAGCAGCAUCCCAUUAGGCCUCGAAUCGAAGAUAAUGAGAGCGUUAAAACCAGAAAGUCCGAUGGCGCAGCUACAGCCAUACUUCACCCCGAUUCAGCCGGCUCCACCAACUCAUGCAUUUGAGAACCCUAUUCCGAUUUCUCCUUUGAUGGACCUGUUUCCCAAAAGGCCUAAGUCUCGCACUGAGAACGUUAAUGAAGUCAAAGGGCGAAUGAGCUUGAAGGACAUUGAGCCCGACCUGCCAAAACCGAUCGGACAAAAGCCGGACAAAACUGAGGGGCCAGAAGAGAGCAACAAAUUGGACCUGACUGCUUUUGACAAAUUGGUCUGUUCAAUGAAGGCGGCUGGGCAACUGCCGGACAAGCCUGCCCCCGUGGUCAGCGGCCUUCCGGAGCAUUUGCUCCCCAAGCCACCAAAACGAACUUCUCCGAGCUUUGAGAAGCUGAAAAGGGCAUUAAGCCGCUCGCCGUCACCCCUUGGCAUGGGCAGAAUGUCCCCGCUCUAUUUUGCUGGUAGACAGAUGUCCCCCCUCAUGCAACCUGUUGGAGAAAGAUUGCUGUCCCCCGACUUCUUUAAACAACCAGUGAAGCAAAGAUCGGUGUCCCCAGGGAGGUUUUUCAGCGAAUACCAAGACAAUGUUGCAAUGAAUAAGGACAAAUCUGGGCAUUACCAACGUUGGGCUCAGGACGAACAACGCAGACAUGCAAAUGAUCAACGAAGUGAAAGCUUCACCAAUGGUUUGCAAACACCAGACAGUUUUAGAACCCCCAAGCACGCAGGCAGUUCGAUUGUACCUGCUGCCUUCUUGCCGACUUCUGUCAUAAAAAAGAUGCAUUCAGAGAAGUCUGAAACGGGAGAACACACAGGCCUGUAUGCCGAAGAUGCGGUGUCAAAAUUUGACUUUGCUAAUCAAAGUUUACGGCAGUUGGAUCGUAAAUUAAACCAAGAGAGGGGACCAGAGGCCUUGCCACAUACCGACAUAAAGCCGUUUUCUAAAAAGGCUGCGCAAAAUCCGAUGCAAAAUCCCAUUGAGAGCGAUCAGCUGUACAGCGGUUUGCGGUCACAAAAUGCACGAGACUUCGAAAAGCCGUUAUUUUCAAAGCAUCAAUCCUCAAGCACUGAUGGCAACCCUCGGAAGAGCGGUGCUGCGCAGCAGGAGUCUCUUGGAAGGAAUAGUCUGGUGGACAGGAGUAUGCAGUCAACUGGGCAAUUGCAAAGAGACUUUAGUUCCUUAUCUGUAAAUUCAGCCCCGGGGUCAGAUGACCUCAUGGGGUCAGGGUCACUGUUCACCAAAUAUCAUGAUGAUGAUGUUGAGGGUGUCAAGAGAACUCCGUUUGAUUUCAACAAGGAUAAGCAAAGUGAGCAUGUUUCUCACCUUUCAUCAUCAAAUCGUAUACAAAUGGCGCCUGGGCCGAUUUCUGGAUCUUCUAAAGCAAUAGCCAAUGAAAACAGAAUGAAACAUUUGGAUAAUGGCUCAAGAACACAUGGGACUUCAAUGCCCCCAAAGCCACUGAUGAACCAGAAUCUUCUCCAAAAUGGCUCUCAAAGCAACUCAGUGAAUCAGGGCAACCUGCCUCGUGGCCCAGUUGCCCAGAAGCCUCAGCAGCCUCCAUUCUCACAGGCACAUCAAUUUCAACGCAACAGAAACCCAGCUCAAAGCAACCCGCGUCUUCCUCUGGCUAUGAACCCACCAGCCAAUAACUUGCCCUUCAACAGACCAAAUAUUCCCGCGGUUACAGCUGCCAUGGCCGCCCAGCUCGUGCAGCAGCAACUCCUGCAGCAAGCUGCACGUGCCCAUGUUUUACAAGCUGCGCAGGUCAUUCAACAACAGCAACAGCAACAGCAACAGCAGAAUCUGAUCAGAAUGCAAAUGCAGGCUGCGAUGGCUCAAGCCUAUGUCAGAGGACAAGCUGCAAAGGCGAUGAUGCACAAUUCGCGGGCUGUCGCGAAUAAUCUGCAGGCUGUUGCGCAGCAAAUUGGUUUGCUUGGCCCACAGUCUGCACAAACAGGCAAACCACUGCCUACCCCACUUGUCUCUCAGCAGCAACAACAGCAACAACAACUGCAGCGGGACGGGAAUGACCAAGGGCAAGGUAACUCAGAAAAGGAGCCGCAAAAACUGCAAGACAGUCCACUAUCGAAAUGGUUUAAUGUUGAUGAGAUCAAAAAGACACCCCCUGCACCAACCCAAGAUCCUGGCAGCAAGGCCAAAUUCAUUUCAGUUGAAGACCUCGAGCGAUCGCACAAUGAGAGCGCCUGAAACGGGUGAUUUGCCAGAUCUGUUUGCGUAGACUUGUGUUCGUCAUCCCUUGUGACCUGUCGCCAUUUAGGCCUUCUUAAAUCUUUUAGUUGUACCUUCGCGAGUAUAUUUGUCUUUUGCAUUUGUGUUUAGGGAACUGGGCCGUACUGCUUGUCUGACAAAACGACCUUCUAGUCAAGUUUUUAUACGCUCUUGUCAGUCUCUAUUCAGUGUUUAGUCAGUACUGAUCAGUAUCCAACCCUUGGAUUUUCCUUGAAUGCUCGUGUACAGAGUAAAACCAUGUGUCCUAUGUGUAAAUUGUCACGUUUGUGUGAAUGUGUGCGUACAUGCAGUUCCUGUAUAUUUGUAAACACUGUUUGUUCAUCUGCAUUAUGUUUUAUCUGUCAUCUAAAGUGAGUUUUCGCGCAUGUUUAUAUAUGGUUGUAGAGAUCACUUUUGUCGUUGUCAUCUUCAGCUUUUCUUCAUUUUCCCCAAAAAAUUUGGUUUUUUGCCAUAUAAUUAAUUGCAACGUAUAUUCAUACAAAUGAUUUUCUUUCGGUUUUUCGUUUUAUUAAUUUCUCUUUUUAAAUUAUUCUGUGAUUUGUUUUUCAUUUCAUUGUCAUUUAAUUUUCUAAAUAGAUUUUAUUCAUCUUGUAAUUCCUUUUCCCUGCCGUUCACCGCUAAUUUAAUUAUUCCUUUUUUCAUUUUUUUCACUUCAUUUUUCUCUGUUCUUGAAAUCCUGUCGUAUUUGUCCGUCUUGCUUACUGUAUGUAGUAGCAAAUGAGGUUCUUUUGCUAAAUGUAAAAUGAAUGUUGUAAAGUUAUGUCUCUGUCUGUUUGUGGCAGUGAAAAGCUGCAAGUGCAAAUGUUCUUCAAUGUUUUGUUGCCUGUUUAAAAACGACCCUAGCGUGCUGUAACCUUUAUUUUGUUUUUCGUCCACAGUAAAUGAAGUAUCUUGUCGUAUCUGUUUGUCUGAGAAUUUCAUCGUGUGGAGUAUUUGUAGAGUUCUUGUCUGCCAGUAUCCUAAGCACGUUAUAGAUUUCUCAGUUCACAUUUCGUUACAAAAUUUAUGUUUAUUGUACAUUUGGAGCUCUGUGUAUUGUCUUACCGUCUGUUUGCGUAAAUUUGAAAGAUAAUUUGAUAUUGCGAAUGGAUGAGAAACCAUUCGCUAACUUUGUAACUCAUCCUUGUUGAUUUUUAGAGUUAUGUAACUUGGUUAUGUAGCUAAUUUUGUGACUUGGUUUCAAAGGGCUCGAUCCUUCGGCUUGACGCCAUUUUGGCUUGAUGACCAUAUUUGAUAUUUUAUCACACUUGAUAGCUUGAAAGCGUCUGCAGAGGCAAUGUCUUGCUUCGAUUUACACUUACUUACCAAUAAUGCGAUCUAUUUCCCAUUCUCUUCUGUUGUUUUCAUAAUCGUUUUGAAGUUUAUUGUCUCUGUUUGUUAACAAAAAAACUUCGACUGUUUUUUGUAACUAAACCGUUGCCCUUUUAACAGAAAAUUUGGUUUGAAUCCGUCAUCAUUGUGUUGAUGCCGUAACCAGUUUAUUUGUACCUCGAUCAUGAUAAAAUAUUGAA